GCAUGUGAUAAGUUGUUAUCAGCGCUAUCGCUUUCAGGAAGGCCUUCGUAUUUAGCGGAAGCUGAACGAUUGGCUGCAUCGCUUCUGCGAUUCGUUGAAAGAAUUAAGACUCGAAAAAUUAUGCAAAAUUGCAUUAUUUUGUUGCGUGGAAUGCAAAAAAAAAAUUCAGAGCCUUAUGUAUUUGAGGUGAAAGUGCACAACUUUUCAUCAUCUUGGGCUGAUGGUAUGGCUUUUUGUGCGUUGGCACAUCACUUCGCUAGUGAACAAACACGGUUCGAUUUCGCUCAGCUGAAUGCUCAAAAUAGGAAAGACAAUUUGACAAUUGCUUUCGAUGUGGCUGAAAAGAAUGGAGUUGUUCCCCUUCUGGAGGUUGACGACAUGCUAGAAAUGGGUGAUAGUCCAGAUUGGAAGUGUGUAUUCGUCUAUGUAAUGUCUUUUUAUCGACAAUUCAAAGACAGAUCUUGA